UAAUAAAUAUGGAGUACACAUAUCUCAGCUGCGAAUUGUCCAAACCAAUACCCAUCAUUGCCGAAGCCACCGCAGCCGCCGCUCUCUGCCGCCGCACGCUGUCCAUCUCUGUCUCCGCUCGCUCUUUCAACCGAUUUAUAGCCAGACAAAGUUUUAUCUGGAAGAAGGAUAUGGCAAAAAGUGUUUGACUGAAUUUACACUGUUGUGGAAUAUAUCUAAAGAAGAGAGGGAAGUUUCAAAUGGCAUUAAGCAAGAGAUCAUGGAAAAAUCUUGUGUUAGAUUUCCGUGACCACACUGCAAAUUUCAGAUUUUAUAGCUCCAAAGUAGACUUGAAAAAGAUGAGGUCUAUGAUAUUGAAAAGAAUAGAAAAUAGAGCUAAAGACUAUCCUGUAAAAGACUUGGUUCCUGUUGCUAAUGAUGUCCUUAAGGCUAGAAUGACGCUUAUUCAAAGUCUAUCUGUUCUAAUCCAAGUGGUUCCUGUAGUUGCUUGCAAGUUCUGUCCUGAAGUGCAUGUUGGUGAGAAAGGUCAUUUAAUCCAGACUUGCUGGGGUCAUAGGCGUGGUGUGAAGAAUCGGGUUCAUGAAUGGAUAACUGGUGGUUUAAAUGAUAUACUCGUUCCUGUGGAGACGUUUCGCCUUAAUAGUAUGUUUCAAAAGGUAAUUAAACAUGAUCAAAGAUUUGAUUAUGAUCGUGUUUCUGCAGUUGUUGAGCUGUGUAGGCAAGCGGGAGCUGAUGUAACCGAUGAGAAUUUACAAUAUGAUGUAAAGAGUUCAGAUAAUGUUUUAAGGUGUGUUGAGAAAGUUGAGUAUUUAUCGCCUGACAAUCUCAAGUUUCUAGCUAAUGGAGUUUUGAGUACAUGGGAGAUACUUAGAUUAGGAGUUCAAAAACUGUUAUUAGUUUAUCCGGCAAAAGUUUGCAAGUAUUGUUCAGAAAUUCAUGUUGGACCAUCUGGACAUAAGGCUCGACAAUGUGGGAUAUUUAAGUAUGAGAGUUGGCGUGGAUCACACUUUUGGCAGAAAGCAGGAGUUAAUGAUCUGGUUCCGCAAAAGAUGGUGUGGCGGCGGCGGCCUCAAGAUCCGCUGGUUCUUUUAAAUGAAGGGAGAGAAUUUUAUGGACAUGCUCCAGCAAUAGUGGACAUGUGCUCAAAGGCUGGUGCUACUAUACCAACAAAGUAUGCUUGCAUGAUGAAAAUUCAGGGUUUGCCCGGACCACUUUGAUUUUUGGAGAAGAUAGAUUGGUUGGAAAUCAACUUAUGCAACUCAGGGAAUUGGAGUUGGAGUCUGUAGAGUAAAUGUUAUUUUGCAUUGUCAUUCUACCUUGUCUUUUUCUUGAUAAUCAAAUGCUGUGGUAUACUAUAGUAUGUGCUCUUUUCUCAUCUAAUUUGAUUAUAAGGCGCUAUUGAGUUGCCUUAUCAACACGUUGUAGGUUGACUCAAAGUUAUACCUCUCUCAGUUCUAGUGCUCUAACUUGAUUUUUUUGAAUCCUUUUCGUUUUCCUAAAUUUGAGUUGGCUGAGCUGAAGUGUUGUUCGUGUUUAAUUGUGACCCGUUAUUGUUUCUUAUGAUAAUUUUUACUUAAGUUGUUCCCUGGCUCUGGGGAAAGUUAAAGAUGCAUCAAAGUAUUAUAAGUGUUUAUAGUCAGGAAGUGACAAUGUAUUGACAGAAAAGUUGCAGUAGAAGCCUCGGAAAAGGCACAGGGAGUCUUUUGGAAUUGCGGACGGCUUGAUUAUAAGUCCAUACUCAGAAAAUUUUCUUGGUUUGUGUGUCCUACUAGUGCUUGGAAAAGUUCUUGGCAUGGAGACAAGAUUCUUGUCCAUAUGGAAUUAUCUAAGAAUACAACAUAGUAUGAACAGAGUUAUGUGAUCAGACUUUUGAUUCUUUUGAAAAGAACUCUUUUAUACAAGAUACCGGUUAUGAGUCAGCGGAUCUGGAUAGUACUGAACUUACGAAAGACGCAUCCUUUCAUCUUUGGGGGUAUUACCUGAUAUUGAAAUCUUGCUUAUAUUUUGGAAAGCUGGUGGAGGCUAUUGGAUUACUAGGAAAGCAAGAGGAACUGAUCGCAAAGAGGAACAGUAACAAGAUGGUAGAAUCAUUACUACCCUUAGUUGCCACUGUACGAUAACUUUUAUGUCAUAAGAUAGCAUCAUAGCAUGAAUGUUGCCAUUGAGACCUUAACAGAAAUCUCGUGCAGCAAUCUCAACAGGCAGUCUCAUGAUCAGGCAUGAAAGUCCAGAAGUUGUCAGUGUAUUACUCUCGUCCCGCGGGUUGGAUUACACCUAUAUUCAUACUGCAGGAAUGCUACGAUAACCAUCUAAAAUCCACUGCAAAAUUAUAAAUAAAAGUACUGUCCUGAAGUGGAUGUUAAAAUGUCCUUUGAUUCAGACUUGUCGGGGCCAUAGGCGUGGUGAGAAAGAUCAAUGUCGGGCUAAUGAAUGGAGAAAAACGACUGUAUAUGAUGUAUUUGUUCCAGUGAAGACAUUUCGCCUUAAGUCUAUGUUUAACAAGGUAAAAAAACACGACACACGAUAUGAUUAUUAUCGUGUUUCUGCAGUUGUUGAUUUGUGUUGGGUAGGGGGUGCUAAAGUUACUGAUGGAGAUUUUACUUUAUGGUAUAAAGAGAACAGAUAAUAUUAAGUUUGAUAAAAUGGUGCAUUAUCAAUCGAGGAUAUCAAGUUUUUAGCUAAUGGCACUUUUGAGUGCUUGGGAGACACUUAGAUCAGGAGUUGAAAAACUAUUAUUAGUUCAUUCGGCGAAAAUUUGCAAGCAUUGUUCCCAAGUUCAUGUUGGAACAUUUGGACAUAAGGCUCAUAGAUGUAGUUUUUCUAAAAUGUUUGCUUCGCCCGGACCACCGCACUUAUGGCAGAAUCCAGGGGUUGAUGAUCUGGUUCCCCAAAGGACGCUGUGGCGCGGGCGGCCUGUCUUUUAAAUGAAGAGAGGGAGUUUCAUUCACAAGCUCCGGCAAUGGUGGAACUGUGCUUAAAGGCUGGUGCUACUAUACCAACAAAGUUGGUUGCAUGACCUAUAAUUUCUAAGUUCAACUGUGGAAAUUGGAGUCUGUAGAGCUUUUAUUAUUUGUGUCGUACAAUUUUGAUAUCUUGUUUUCGUGUUUCAUAUAUAUAAAUGCUUUUAGAAUUUCGAACUUCUAUUUUUAUAACUUAUUUAUUUAAGAAAUUUCAUUUUGCUUUUCUGCUGA